AUGAUGCAAUCUCUAGAAGUGCUAGCCUUCAAAGAGCACAGCAGACAGAGCGAAUCAUUCACAAGAACAUUGACACAACUGGGGAAAGAAGGUGGUUCAAUCGCGGGAUCUCCUGCUAACGUCGCGAAAGUGGUCGAAGGAUUCUAUAGCCAAUUAUUCUCCUCAACAAGACUACCUGCACCAGUACCAUCGCAAACUAAUUGUAACUCAACUCGACGAGGUGCCGCCAAUCCUAGCAGAAGAAAGCGGAAAAGAAGGUAA